ACCUCGCUUUGAAAUGCUGCAAAUGACUGGAGCUCCGCGUGCAGUCGCCGCUGGGCUGCGCGAAGCCCGGGUUUCCAGGGGGCACCCUGCGGACCGCGAACGGCGAACAGCGGCCUGGGCCGGGGCAUUGCUGGCGGGGGCUGGGAGCAUGAGGCUGUGCUGGUCCGUUGCCCUGCUCCUCGCCGCGGCGGGGGCUGCAGUGGAAGAUAAAUGUGAAAGAAAUGAGUUCCAGUGCCAAGAUGGGACAUGCAUCUCCUACAAGUGGGUUUGCGACGGGAGCGCAGAGUGCAAGGACGGUUCGGAUGAGUCUCAGCAGACGUGCAUGUCUGUCACCUGCAAGGUGGAGGACUUCAGCUGUGGUGGCCGUGUCAACCGCUGCAUUCCUCAGUUCUGGAGGUGUGAUGGCCAGGUGGACUGUGCGAAUGGCUCAGACGAGCAAGGCUGUCCCCCCAAGACUUGCUCCCAGGACGAGUUCCGCUGCCACGACGGGAAGUGCAUCGCGCCGGGGUUUGUCUGUGACUCGGACUGGGACUGUUUGGACGGUUCUGACGAGGCAUCCUGCCCCACGCCCACCUGCGGCCCUUCCAGCUUCCAGUGCAAUAGCUCCACCUGCAUCCCUGAGCUGUGGCUCUGCGACGGGGAUCCCGACUGCCAUGAUGGCUCAGACGAGUGGCCGCAGCACUGUGGUGGCCGCAACACGUCCGCCACACAAGAGGAAAAACCCUGCUCGGCCCUCGAGUUCCACUGCCACAGCGGGGAAUGCAUUCACUCCAGCUGGCGCUGCGACGGGGGCUCUGACUGCAAGGACAAGUCUGACGAAGAGAACUGCGCUAUGGCCACGUGCCGGCCUGACGAGUUCCAGUGCUCAGAUGGGACCUGCAUCCACGGCAGCCAGCAGUGCGACAGGGAGUAUGACUGCAAGGACAAGAGUGAUGAGCUUGGAUGCAUCAAUGUGACUUUGUGCGAGGGUCCCAACAAGUUCAAGUGCCGCAGCGGUGAAUGCAUCACCAUGGACAAAGUGUGCAACUCGGUCCGGGACUGCCGGGACUGGUCGGACGAGCCCCUCAACGAAUGUGGGACCAACGAGUGCCUAGACAAGAAGGGCGGCUGCUCCCACGUCUGCAACGACCUCAAGAUUGGCUACGAGUGCUUGUGUCCCAUGGGCUACCAGCUGGCAGACCGGCGAAAAUGCGAAGAUAUUGACGAGUGUCAGGACCCCAACGCCUGCAGCCAGAUCUGCGUGAACCUUGAGGGCAGUUUCAAGUGUGAGUGUGAGUCGGGCUUCCAGCUGGACCCCUUCACCAAGGCCUGCAAGGCCACAGGCACCAUCGCCUACCUCUUUUUCACCAACCGCCACGAGGUGAGGAAAAUGACGCUGGACCGCAGAGAAUACACCAGCCUCAUCCCAAACUUGAAGAACGUGGUGGCCCUGGACAUGGAGGUGGCCAGCAACAGAAUCUACUGGUCCGACCUGUCCCAAAAGAAGAUCUACAGUACCCAGGUUGACAGAGCACCCAGCUUCUCCUAUGACACGGUCAUUGGUGACGACCUCCAGGCCCCUGACGGGCUGGCGGUGGACUGGAUCUACGGCAACAUAUACUGGACCGACUCCAUCCUGGGCACCAUCUCCGUGGCCGACACCAAGGGCGUGAAGAGAAAGACGCUCUUCAAGGAGAAAGGCUCCAAGCCCAGGGCCAUUGUUGUGGACCCUGUCCAUGGCUUCAUGUACUGGACGGAUUGGGGGACUCCUGCCAAGAUCAAGAAGGGGGGCCUGAAUGGUGUGGACGUUUAUUCAUUGGUGACAGAGGACAUCCAGUGGCCCAAUGGCAUCACCCUGGAUCUUUCCAGUGGCCGCCUCUACUGGGUCGACUCCAAGCUCCACUCUAUCUCCAGCAUUGAUGUCAAUGGGGGGAACCGGAAGACAGUUUUGGAGGACAAGAAAAAGCUGGCGCACCCAUUUUCCUUGGCCAUCUUUGAGGAUAAAGUAUUUUGGACAGAUAUCAUCAACGAAGCCAUUUUCAGUGCCAACCGCCUCACGGGGUCUGACAUUAACUUGAUGGCAGAAAACCUGUUGUCACCAGAGGACAUUGUCCUUAUUCACAACUUCACCCAGCCAAGAGGGGUGAACUGGUGUAAGAGGACCACCCUCCCCAAUGGCGGCUGCCAGUACCUGUGUCUCCCAGCCCCACAGAUCAACCCCCACUCGCCCAAGUUCACUUGCGCCUGCCCCGACGGCAUGCUGCUUGCCAAGGAUAGGAGGAACUGCCUCACAGCUCCGCCCUGUAGCUGGACCUUCCUGAACCUCUCUUUGCUCAUCUACCAAAUGGGAGAGUGA